AUGUCCGCCACUACCAAGACCGGCCGCUCUGAGGCAUUGAGCUUCAACGAUCAUUUUGUCCAAAUUAUCGACGGAAAACCUUCUCCAACAGAGAAGAAUCGUCAUGGCAUUAAUCCAGCAAACCUGACUGCGAAAGCAGAGGUCCCUAUCGCUACGCGCAAGGAUCUUGAUCUUGUCGUCGCUGCAGCAAAAGAUGCUUUCAAAGCAUGGUCGAAAGUUUCGUACGAAGACCGAAAGAGGGCAGUUUUGGCAUAUGCGGAUGCUGUGGAUAGCCACCGAACCCAGUUCAGAGACUUGCUGAUCUCUGAACAAGGAAAGCCAAUACCUCAAGCAGAUGCCGAGACAGAGGCUGCGAUCAGCUGGAUUCGUGGCAUGGCCGGUAUCCCACUAUCGGAGGAUGUUGUAGAGGACACCGAUCACCGCACCGUUAUCACUCGUUAUGCUCCUCUGGGUGUAGUCGGCGCUAUUGUUCCUUGGAACUUUCCCUUGCUUCUCGCGACGGGCAAAAUCGCACCGGCCCUCCUGACUGGAAAUGUGAUCAUUGUCAAGCCAUCGUAA